AUGGCGGACCAGAAGCAAGAGUCGCCUGUGAAAUUGCCGAGCUUUGGUCGGCCUCGGCGUUAUGGCCUUAACAAGUGUUUUCCCCAAGUGGACCUUUUUGAAUAUGGGCGUGGAAUGCUAAGCAAGGGCGUUACGCUGCGUGAGCGACGUAUGCUUGACUUCAUAGGCACCAUCACUGACAAGCCCGAUUGGCACCGCAAAGUGUUUGACGAGGCCAUUGUGGAAAAAUGGCGAAAUGAAGCCAGGGAUAUGCCUCGGGUGGCUGAUAACGACGUUUACAUGUCUGAAAUCAUGUUCGACAAUUGUAUUUCCGAAAUUCGUGAUAAAGCUACUCGGUUCGAUGUCACGGGGCUCGUAGGUACGCUUGAUGCUGAGCUUGCGGUGGUGAAGUCAGACGUGGCUGUGUCAGAACACCUGGCGGCGCAACUACGCCAGCUUGCCGAGGUUCUAGAGAAUGCCCCGGACACCCAAAAAGACUGGCAUCCUGGUUCGGACAAUCAAGUUCUCGACCUUCUUCACCCAUCCUUAUUCCCUGUUGUCUUCGGUAGAACACGCGCGCUGCGAACGGGAAAGGUCGGCCUGGAUGACGCUGCAUCGUUUUCGGGAAAAGGAGAACUAACUUCCGACGUCGAAGAAGGGGAAAGGCUCAGGUGCGGUGAAGACUCAUAUCAAUGGCUUCCCUCAGAUGUUGUGCUCAGCGACUCUGGAGCGUCCAUCACAAGCUACAUAAACAACCUCCGUUAUGAGCAUCACAGAGAGCUUUACAAAGUUUUGGAACAAUUCGUUGUCGCAGCUGUACCUCUCUGGGAAGAAUGCCUCUCGUGGUGGAACGACCGCCGACGUUUUACAAUCACGGAUACCAGCGACGAGGAUGACUUCUUUAUCCCUGAGGGUAUCGAAUACACCAUUCCGGACCAAUUCAAAAACAGUGACGGUACCAUAAAUGACGAGUACAGGUUCGAACCAGAGUACGAAGACUGGGAGAUUCGACAUGGAGUACUCAAGUUUCGCGAGCCAGACUUGCCAUACGAGCCAUUUGAAAAGAAGGUGGACCUUGGCAGCCGUUGUAACUUGAAGGAGAACUUUCCCAAAGGGUUGCAGAUAAUUUUUAAACUGGCCAAUAUUCAUCUCACCCCCGACAAGCCGUCGUAUGCAGGUGGCACUUGGCAUGUCGAGGGAACGGCAUCAGAAUGCAUCUGUGCAACAGCCAUCUACUAUUAUGACGAAGAAAACAUCACCGAGAGUCGGCUAUCUUUCCGCCAGGAAGUGGACGAGGAGAACAUGAGUUACAUUCCGGCACAAGGCGCCUAUCGAAGCCUUGAGAAAUAUUUUGGUGUGGUCGCGGAUGGCAAUACGGUCCAAGAACUGGGUAGCGUGGUAACGCGAGAGGGGAGGCUGCUUGCUUUCCCGAAUGUGCUGCAGCACAAGGUUGGCUCAUUCAGGCUGAAGGACCCAGAGAAGCCUGGACAUCGCAAGAUUUUAGCCAUGUUUCUUAUCGAUCCCCACCGAAGAAUUUUGUCUACCGCCAAUGUCCCACCACAACAAAAAGACUGGUGGGCAGAUCACGUCAGGCAAACACCUGCGUUCCAGAAACUGCCUCCGGAGUUGUUCAGUGAAAUUAUUAACUCGGUGGAUACGUGCCCUAUCAGUCUGGACGAGGCCAAGGAGAUCCGUAAGGACUUGAUGUUUAGUCGGAGCGUCCUCCGUGAGGAGCAAGAUGAGUUGCUGAACGAGAGGCGACGCGGGGAAGAGCCCUCAAGGCAAAAGAGUGACCGUUUCACGAAGAAGGCCAAGAACCUGCCAAAUGCACAAUACAUCGACUCGGAAGCAGAUGCCGGAAGCAAUAGCCAAGAUUUUCAAGCUGUCAGCCUGCUUGACUCUGACGAUGACUUGGACAAUGCAGAGGUCGACGACGGCAUGUCCACAGAUGAAGGCGAAGACUCGGAAGAUUCUCUAGAUUCCUUGGCCCAUGUUCCAUUGCGGACAUCCUCUCGAAAGCGUCGCCAGUCUCCCAACAAGGGCAUGAAGGAUGCUCCGUCUGACGACGACGACAUGGGAGACAUGUCCUCUAUAGACGACAGCAGCGACGAGGGAUCGAACCGGGCUGGCCCCAGAUCCAAGCGCAACGACCCUAGCACAUUCUCGACCUCUUUGCAGAAAAUUCUCGGGACAAAGCUGUCUACAUCCCGCCGAUCGGAUCCAGUCCUUGCCCGCAGCGCUGCCGCACGAGAGGCCAGUCGGCGAAUUGUUGAUGCGGCGCUUGAGGAGAAGGCAAAAAGGCAGCUGCGGCUAGAAAAGCGAGUGGCACUGGAGAAGGGCCGUGUGAAAGAUGUAUUGAUUGCAUCGAACGCGAGCGGUGCUGAGUUUGGUGAUGCGACAAAUGGGGACUCCGAAACAACGGCAACAAUAUUGGAAACAGAGCGCAAGCUACGCAAGGUGGCACAGAGAGGUGUUGUCAAACUCUUCAACGCGGUGCGCGCCGCGCAGGUCAAAGCUGCUGAGGCCGAGAGGACAGCCAAGAAAGAGGGCGUCUUGGGUAUAGACAAGAGGGACGCAAAGAUUACGGAAAUGAGCCGCAAAGGAUUUUUGGAUUUGAUUGCAUCCGGCGGUGGUGGCUUGAAAAAGGGGGGGCUAGAGGAGGCUUAG